AUGCACUAAAUUAGCUGAGGCAGCAAUAUCACAAAUUCCUCUCCCUGCCACUACCAGCAGCCCUCUCCCUCCCUCCCACUCGACUUCAACGCAUCAAUCAACCCAAACGUGUGACUACGCGGCAUCCAGCUCAUUGUCACUUGAUUUGAUCUGACCAUGGCCGAUGAGGAGCCAGUCGAUCCAAAGAAGCAUAUGGAAGACGUUUGCAAGGCCAAGUGCACUAGGGAAUGGCGGGCAUACGAGGACUGUGUUUUUAGAGUAAGAAAAGAUGAUACUGGGAAUAAGCAUUGCACUGGCCAAUACUUUGAUUAUUGGCAUUGUGUUGACAAAUGCGUUGCGCCCAAGUUAUUUACUAAACUGAAAUGAGAGAUUUCCUCGGCAGUUUACAUGCAGUGUUUUCUUUUUUUUUUUUGGAAGAAGACGUUAUCCAUUCUGUCUUUGCUACAAACUAGCAGUGAUAGAAGUCUUUGGCUUUUGGGCUGUAGGAUCUUGAUUCGAACUAAUAAUGUGUGGUAAAUCUUGAAGUUAUACACUAACAGGGCUAUUUUGAAUUUACAAUUUUUCAAAUGGGUUGAAUUCCACCCCUCUUCACGGACUACCGUUGAGAAUAUGGUUGGUUGAAUUAUACUUUGCAGACAGCAAGACUGAUUAGAAUC